AUGGCGGACCUCUUCAUCACCGCACUGGCUUCCGUCCUCCUACUCGCCUCCGCAGCAUUCUACCUGCUGCGGAAGACCACCAACCGCCGCAAGUUCAACCUGCCGCCGUCUCCGCCGUCCCUGCCUCUCAUAGGCAACCUGUUUCAAAUGAGCAAGCUUCCCUACCGCUCCCUCCGCACCCUCGCCAAAACCUACGGCCCACUCAUGAUGGUCAAACUCGGCUCCAUCCCUUACGUCAUCGUCUCCUCCGCCGACGCCAUCCAGGAGCUCACCGACAAGGACCACGACGUCAUCUUCUCGGGGAGGCCCCAGUGGAAGUCCUCCGACGCCCUCUUCGGCGGCAGCACCGACAUCAUCUUCUCCUCCUACGGCGAGUACUGGCGCCAGAUGAAGAAGAUCUGCAUGGUCGAGGUGCUCAGCCAGCGGCGUGUCAACCAGUUCCGCUACAUUCGCGAGCAAGAGGUCGAACACCUGGUGGGCAUGCUCAAGGACGCGUCUAAAAACAAAACCGCGGUGGAUCUCAGCGAAGCCAUCUCCACGCUCACCAACACCGUCAUCUCCCGAGCCGCCUUCGGCAAAACCUACAACAACCAACAGAUGUCCGACGGCGUUAGUAACGGCGAGAAGAACUUCGUCCCGCUGUUGAGGAGAGCGGUGGACAUUCUGGCGCAGUUCUGCUUCCAGGACUCGUUCCCGAUCCUCGGGUGGGUCGACGCGUUGACCGGGUUUGACUCUAAGGUCAGGAAGGUGUCCAGGGAAGUCAACGACUUCCUGGACACGGUCAUCGACGACCACAAGAAAAGAGUUGUGGUCGUCGCGGAAGAUGAUAGUCAUGAUGGUUCCGAUCACGUGGAGAGGCAGGCCGACAUCGUGGACAUCCUGCUCAGGGUGCAGAAGGAGCGGGAGCUGGAGUUCAACUUCACCGACGCGAACAUCAAGGCAACGCUCCUGGACAUGUUCGCGGGAGGGACGGACACCAUCGCGACGACGCUGGAGUGGGUGAUGUCGGAGCUGGUGAGGCAUCCGACCAUCAUGAAGAAGGCGCAGGAGGAAGUCAGGAGGAUUGUUCUGAUGGGAUCCGAGAGGAAGUCGGGAAUCGACGAGGCGGAUAUCAGCCGGAUGGAGUACUUGAAGUGCGUGGUGAAGGAGACGCUGAGGCUGCACGCGCCGGCUCCGGUCUCGCUGAGGAAGACGUCGGAGGAUGUGAAGCUGGGAGGGUUUGAUAUUCCGGAAGGGACGAUGGUGAUGAUCAACCUGUGGGCGGUGAUGAGGGAUCCGGAGAUUUGGGAACAGCCGGAGAGUUUUGUGCCGGAGAGGUUUUUGGCGGAGCCGUUGGAUUUUAAGGGACAGACGGGGAAGUUUGUGCCGUUUGGGGCGGGGAGGAGGUUGUGCCCUGGGAUGACGUUGGCGCUUGUGGAGGUGGAGCUGGUGGCGGCGAACUUGCUGUGUUGGUUCGAUUGGGAGCUGCCGGAAGGGGUGGUGGAUUUGGAUAUGAGUGAGAUCAAUUCGGUGGUUAUUCGUAGGGAGACGCCGCUUUCUCUGGUUCCGGUUCUGAACUCAGAGUGA